UGCAUCUCUACACCGGUCUGCCGACCGCCAUAAACACUAAAGAAGAAGACAACAAGUUAAGCUAGUAGCUGAAACAGACGGCGUGUUAUCUGCUGCUACACUUUUGUCGAACUGCAGAUACAAAAAAAGGCACAUCUGAUUGUAGGAUUAUAACACGAAGAUACUUAAAUCUGGUGAAAUGAGCCAAAAUGACCAAUUUCCCCUUGACUGCAAGGUUUAUGUCGGGAAUCUAGGAAACAAUGGAAACAAGACAGAGUUGGAAAGCGCUUUUGGGUACUAUGGUCCAUUAAGAAGUGUCUGGGUUGCCAGGAAUCCCCCAGGCUUUGCUUUUGUAGAGUUUGAAGAUCCCAGAGAUGCAUCCGAUGCUGUGAAGGAACUGGAUGGAAGAACCAUGUGUGGCUGUCGAGUGCGUGUCGAGUUAUCCAAUGGGGAAAAGCGCUCAAGAAGCCGUGGCCAUCCUCCAUCCUGGGGUGGUAGUAGACGCCCUCGCGAUGAUUUUAGACGACGUAGUCCUCCAGUCAGACGCAGGAGGAGGAGCCGCAGUCGCAGCAGGUCUCUUUCAAGAGACAGAGGCAGACAGCGCUCUCUGUCCAGAGACAAGAAGGGCCCAAGAUCCAUCUCACGGUCAAGGAGUCGUUCCAGGUCCAACGACAGGAAAUGAGGACCCCAAUCGAUGGUUCUCCUGCAGGAUCUUGCUAUGGUUGGGGAAAAUACAAAUUUUUAUAGUCAUGUCUUUCUUUUCUUUAGGGUUGGCCAAGUUACAUAUUGUGUAAUAGCAGUCUGUUGAAUUAACAACAAAUGGCUGAAGUCUUUUUCUCCUAAAGCGAAUUCUAUCUUACCCUGCAUGUUUUGAAAUGAAAUACUGGAUUUAGUUUUACAUUACCAUCCUGUUUUUUAAACUGUUGAAUUAAAGCUUGUGAUGUUUUUAUUUGUUUUUGUUGGCUUUUUUUUAUUCUUUGUUGACUCUUUAAUUACUGGCAAUGGGUUAAUGUGAAAUGCACCAUCAGUAGGAGCUUACGUUAUACCAGUGACAGAAAUCAGACUGGCAACAAAAUGUUAAAUACUGGUGCUGUUGCAGGCUAUCCUUGAAGCCAAAAUACAUCAUCUGUAAUUCUGUAUUUUACCUUAUGUCACUUUUGCAACAAAAAAUUACUCUAUUCAACUUUGCUUGACUCUUGAGCUCUGACAAUUUGUUCUGCAGUUAAACAACUUGUUCAAUAAAUGGUUUUCCAAGGUGA